UAUGCUUUGACCACGCUGACAUUCCUCUAUCCAUUUUCGUUCUGGUCCCCCUCGGCGGCGCCAUGAUUGACGCUGCUUUGCUCCCACACUUCCACCUCCACUUCCCCUUCGUCCUUCCAUUCCCUCGCGUAGUCCCUGCAGCUGCCGGCCGGCGUCCUACCACCUUCGAGACGGAAGGCCGUCCCGCGGGCGCGACGAGCCGAGAGGGGUUUCGCCGUCCGAUAAGAGGGUCACCUCACCUCUUGCUCUGCUCUGCCCCCUCCUCCGGUGUUGUCUGUCUUCUUCGGGGUCUCCCACUGGCGGCGCUGUUGUUCUGAUGGGAAUUCAGUAACCGCUGGAUGAGGAAAGGAGUGAAUGCUCAGCUCAAGCAGGAAGAUGAGUAGAUCCGCGACUGUAAGGGGGGCAAUAAUUUCCUAUUGGAUUUUUCAGGUUCUUUUGGUUUUCACAACCAUUGUUGCUCAGACCCAAUGGGCUAGUGUAUGGGGCAUGUACUGCGAGGACUUGACAGCAAGUGUAGAGAGGCCACACAGUGCCUCAAUAACGGAUUUUGGUGCUGUUGGAGAUGGUGCGACUCUUAACACGAAAGCAUUUCAGAAUGCACUCUUCUACCUCAAUUCAUUUGCGAAGAAGGGCGGAGCGCAGCUGUUUGUGCCUGCUGGAAGGUGGCUGACCGGGAGUUUUAGUCUAAUCAGCCAUCUCACACUCUCACUGGACAAGGACGCAGUAAUUCUUGGAUCAACAGACUCCUCUGACUGGCCAGUUAUUGAUGCUCUUCCAUCCUAUGGGCGUGGUAGAGAACUACCCGGUAAAAGACAUCAAAGUUUAAUAUUUGGAUCCAAUCUUACUGAUGUAAUAAUAACUGGUUCCAAUGGCACCAUUGAUGGCCAAGGUGCAGUUUGGUGGGACUGGUUUCACAACCACACAUUGAAUUAUACUAGACCACCGCUUGUUGAACUGAUGUACUCUACCAGAGUAGUUAUUUCCAACCUAACCUUCAUAAAUUCACCAUUUUGGAAUAUCCAUCCAGUAUACUGCAGCCAAGUCCUGGCCCAGCAUCUCACGAUCCUAGCACCUAUCAGUUCACCAAACACCGAUGGCAUUGAUCCAGACUCAUCUACAAACGUUUGCAUUGAAGAUUGUUACAUCAGAAAUGGCGAUGACAUUGUUGUCAUCAAGAGUGGGUGGGAUGAGUAUGGCAUCUCUUUUGCUCAUCCUAGCUCCAACAUUAGCAUCCGCAACAUCACAGGACAGACAAGGAACAGCGCUGGGCUCGCCUUUGGAAGCGAGAUGUCAGGUGGUAUAUCAGACGUUCGAGCAGAGGGCAUCCGGAUCGUCAACUCAGUGCAUGGGAUCAGAAUCAAGACAGCCCCAGGGCGCGGAGGAUACGUGAAGAACGUGUAUGUAGCCGAUGUGAGCUUUGACAACGUUUCCAUAGCCAUCAGGAUCACUGGAAACUACGGUGAACACCCUGAUGAUAGGUACAACAAGAGUGCACUUCCCACCAUAAGCAACAUAACUAUCAAGGAUGUUGUGGGUGUCAACAUUGGUGUUGCAGGAAUGUUGCAGGGCAUCCCAGGGGAUAACUUCAGCAAUAUUUGCUUAUCAAAUGUGUCUCUCAGUGUCAGAUCUACAGAUCCAUGGAAUUGUUCACUCGUCGAAGGGUAUUCGAACUCUGUGUCACCAGAGGUAUGCGAGCAACUAAGAACCAGUCCAGGGCCCGGACAAAUUUGCUACGGCAGUAAUUAUCCAGCCGCUGCAGCACAGCCACAGCCACAGCCACAGCCGCUGCAGAAAUCAAGUGCUAGCCGGCUGGUAAAUCCUUUCCUUUCGAUAAGUUGGUUUCUAUGUAGGUAACCUUGAGUAUAUCUACUUGAUCAUUUUUCCCCCUCGUCCCUGCAGCUUGGUAAUUUUAAUUUUAUGGAAAUCAGUAUCAUGUACUACUAUUGUUGUUUCAAAGCCUCUUUGUUGGGGCAUGUAGGUACUGAUUAUUACUCGGAAAUGAAAUAAAUUUGUUUGACUUGAACAAUUCUGUUGAAACA